CCACUCAGCACACGAUGGUGAAGGACGAAGACUAUCUCCCCACCCAGGUCAAAGCCUAUCUGCAAAAGCACAAGGUAAGCAGUGGUUAGCUCGUGCUUGUGAAUGCCUCUUGUGUUGUCAUGCACCUGUCUGUCUGUAGGUGGAGGAUGGCCUGAAUACGGCUCUCAACAAGCUCCUGACGACAUCAUGCCUGCCCCCCGACCCCUUCAACCUUUCUGCUCCGUCAAGCACGCGCCCCACGCUCCCAGAUGCAGAUAGCGGCCCUGCCCUCACUGUCCAGGUACAGUAGCACUCAGCAGAACUACUGACAUGCAAUGGCCAUGUUGUUUGUUUACUUAUCGUCUGUGGUCGCAGGCACCGGCAGAGUAUCUGUCCGUGGGGGUGUGGUCAUUCUCAUGA